AUGAGAAAUGAGGUAUCAUAUUCCAUUGUCACCAGUCUCGGCGGUGUUGUCGCCAAGGGAACCUGUGAAAUUGUGCUACUCAAUAACGAAGAAUACUAUGCCUGUACAGAUCUUCGACUACCUCUCAAUUUCGAAAUACUCUAUGUAGGUUAAACUAUCAUCUCAUGCAAUGCGUCUGCUGAAAGUAGACUACUUUACAAACGUCAGGACUAAACUCUCAUGUGUUUCUGUUUUGUCAACUUUAGGUACCCAGCACUAACCCCUUUGUCAUGUCGAUAAGGACAAAACAUGUUGCCGACCUGGUGGCAAACAUUGCUGGACGAAUUAACACCGACCCUGCGCAACCCACGUGCGCUAUCACUGUGCUGUCUUUAAACAGUCUCGUCGACGAGAGGUCCGAAUCCAUCUCCUUACCCUUCGAUUAUAUCUCCAUGAAUAACAUAAGGAGGACCAUUAACACAACAAUUGCGAAUCUGAUGAGGAGUAUUCCUCUUACAUGCUAG